AUUGUGCAAUGGCAUUUAAAUAUAUACAGAGGCUCGCUCAUGUGUUAUAUUCAGUUGCUAGCCUUGGAAGUUGUACUAGGUACAAGUUUAGUGUUUUUACCGUAUUUUUAGUCAAACCCUAUCAAGAUGUAUGUCGUAAAUGAAUUUAGGUCAGUGCCAGAGGUUGUAUUCUGCUUACUUAGCUUAAUUAUAUCGACAGAUUUGGUUCCUCUGAAUAAUGAUGUAGAUAUAGAUUUCAAUGACUAUUGGAACUACAAAAUAACUCCACACUAUACACCACUACUAAAUGGUUCAAAAAAUCAUAUACUUCCAGCUGCUUAUGAAUAUGAACAAGAAUUACGGGUGGAUCCCUUGAUUGAAGAUGAAGAAGCAUUGUAUAUGAAUAGAUUACCAAAAAAAAUUUAUGAUGUAGUACGACGGAAAAUUCCUUGUGAAGCUUGUAAAUUUGCUUUAGGAUUGUUACGAUCGUAUUUGAACAAUGGUGACUCAAUGGAAGAUAUCAAAGAAAAAGUUGUUUCAUUGUGCGUGUCUCUUAAAAUUGAAUCUGAAAUAAUAUGUAAUAGUUUUUUUGAUGUGUACGCACCUGAAUUAGUUCCUGCGUUCAAUAUAUCUGUUUUAGCACCCGCUCAAACCUGCUGGAUGGUUCUGGGAGAAAGUUGUUCAAUUGACAUUGACAAUAAUGUGUUACACGACUGGAGCUUAGAUAUACCGAAAAAUGGAGUAAACUCAAAAGAGAAUAAGAAUAUUGAGUUUGGAGCAGCAACAGUUUACAAAGUUCUUCAUCUAUCAGAUGUACAUUUGGAUCCCGAUUAUAUAUCUGGAUCGCCUUCUAAUUGCCAAGAACCUCUAUGCUGCAGAAAUUAUAGUACACCAUCUGAGAACAUUUCUAUACUUCCAGCCGGAAGGUGGGGCUCAUAUAAUAAAUGUGAUUCUCCCAAAUUAUUAAUUGAGAAUAUGUUGAAGCACAUAGUAUCAGAACAUCCAGAUAUAGAUUAUAUCAUAUGGACUGGAGAUUUACCACCACAUGAUAUUUGGAAUCAGACAAAAAGUAGUAAUUUGAAUAUAAUCAGAGAAUGCGUUGAACAAAUGCUCAAGUUUUUCCCUGACACACCGAUUUUCCCUGCUGUAGGAAAUCACGAGUCCGUCCCAGCCGGUAGUUUUGCCCCUCCAUGGAUGAAAAAUGAAAAGCAUAACAUUAAUUGGUUAUAUACUACACUAGCAGAUCACUGGAGAAGAUGGUUGCCAUCUACCUCAGGAAAUACACUUUUGCACGGAGGAUUCUAUUCGGUAUUACUUCGGCCAGGAUUCAGACUAAUAUCUCUAAAUACUAAUUACUGUCAUUCUUUAAGCUGGUGGCUCCUAGUAAACAGUACUGACCCUGCACAAGAACUGAAAUGGCUAAUCUAUGAACUACAAAAUGCCGAGAAACAAAAUGAGAAAGUACAUGUAAUUGGACAUAUCGCUCCUGGCAGUUCUGACUGUUUGAAAACUUGGUCUAUGAAUUACUACUCCAUAGUGGAUCGAUAUCGACACGUUAUAACUGGUCAGUUUUAUGGUCAUAGUCACGCCGAUGAAUUUGAACUAUUUUACGAAACAAAAAAUUACAGUCAGCCAAUAAACAUCGCGUAUCUCGGUCCAUCAAUAACCACAUAUGAAAACCAUAACCCUGCAUACAGGAUAUAUUACGUAGAUGGCGAUUAUAAUAACUCCACAAGGUUCGUUUUGGAUCAUGAGACUUGGACUACUGAUUUAGAAAAAGCAAAUGAAGGAGAAAAUGAACCAAUUUGGUACAAAUUAUAUUCAGCAAGAGAUACGUACGGUAUUCAAUCUUUAUCUCCAGAAAUGUGGGAUAAAUUUAUAGAUAAGAUGGCAGCUGAUCCAUACUAUUUUAAUAUAUUUUAUAAGAACUACUACAGGGAUAGUCCAACAAGACCAUAUUGUGAUUCCGAGUGCAGAGUGCGAAUUUUAUGCGAUUUGAAAAGUGGAAGGUCACAAGAUAGAUUACAUUUAUGCAAUAAAUUACAAUAUUUUUAGUUAUAAUAUCACAACCAACGAAUAAAAAACACAAAGCAGAAAUGUAAUUAAUUAACUUUAGUAUCGGUUAAUAAAUAAAGUGGAAAUUGUU